CAAAGACCAUCCCAUUCAACGCUUGCGCCAGAGUAGCAAAACAACCAGCAGUCAUGUCUCCGCUCGCAUUGACGUUUUCCUCCGAGUCGGCUGAUGCCGCCUCAGCAAUCAAAGUACAGCCAUGCGAACACCUGACCCCGAACAUGGAGUUGGGAUCAGAGGAUGUAUUGGUGCGUUACCUGGCCUUUCCGAUCAAUCCACAGGACUUGAUGGCCAUCGCCGGGAAGUAUCCCGUCAAACCAGUAUAUCAACAUCCCGACGGAUCUCGAAUCGCAGGCAACGACGGCAUCGCUCGGAUCGAGCGUGUUGGAAGCGGUGUUGAUCUCCUUCAACCGGGAGACCUGGUUCUACCCCGUUCGCAUGGGCUGGGCACAUGGCGCGAGCUUGCGAUUCUACCUGGGAAAUCAGUCAUCAAGCUUCCAAGAGAAGCCGAUCCUAUUGCAGGAGCGCUCCUGAAGAUGGGAUUCGCGCCGGGAUAUCUCUUGAUUGAGGACACGGCCGUUCUGAAGCCCGGAGACUGGGUGGUGGUUAAUGCCGGCCUGGGCACGAUUCCUCAAAUGGCAAUUCAAUUCGCGCGCCUGCGUGGCUGCCAUGCUGUCGCGGUGGUGCGGGAGCGAGAUGCGGGGGACUUGGAAGCGGCGAAAAGGCUCCUCCACGCUCAAGGCGCCGACGUCGUGGUCACCGGGGAAGAUCUCGCCAAGCAUGGGCCCGCCGCCGACGCAGCCUUGGCAGCGGCCGUCCAAGGAAAGCGGAUCGUGCUGGCGCUCGACGCGGUGUUCGGAGACAGCGCCGAGCACCUGGCGCGACUGCUAGCCCCCAAUGCGACGUUCGUGAAUUAUGGGUCGCUUGGUGGGGGAGAGGGGGUGUUGCGAUUGACGCAAGAGCUUCUGUUCUGGAAGCAGAUCAAGUUCCGCAACUUCCGCCUCUCGCAACAGCUCGCCAGUCGCAGCAAUGCGGAAGUGGAAGGGCUAUUGGCGUGGUUCGUCGACCUGCUGCGCCAGGGACGCCUCAGGACCCCCGAGGUCGAGACGAUUGCUUGGCGGGGAGGAGACGAGGCGGUGGGAGAGUUCGAGGCCCGAGUGCGAGCGGCGCUGGGCAAGGCUGUUCGACGCCCGCUUGGGUUGAAGAAGCAGGUAGUGGUGCUGUGAAUAAGUACAAAGAGAAUCUUUUCUGAG